UGUCCGUUCCUCGUAACAGUAAACCGACCUCACAGAAACCAACACCCCCUAUCCUACAGUCAACAUGAGUCAGUGGCCAUCUCUUCUAGCAGGGUAUGAAGGUGCAGAGCCUCUUCCAACUACUAUCAAUCCCGAUGGAAAAUCUCUGUACAACCCACCUGGUCCGCGCUCGGCCGCCUACGAUGAAUUCCCGAAACAAUUUAAUCCGUCUAAGAAUGGUUUCGACUUCCACAUUUAUUACAUGCCCGCCGUGGCUGCUCAGGCGCAGUAUGCGAAAGAACUACACGAGCGUGUAAGGAGGGAGUUUCCAGAGUUGCGGAUAUAUAGGUUCUGGGAUAAACCAGUCGGUCCCCAUCCUACCGCCAUGUUCGAGGUAAAUACAUUUAGCCCCCACCAGACUGGAGCAUUAUUUUCCUGGCUUGUCGUCCAUCGGGGCCCUUGCGACGUCCUUGUCCACCCGAACACUGGCGACGCAUUCAGAGAUCACACAGAGUUGGCGACGUGGAUUGGAAAGAGAUGGCCAUUGUAUGAGGAGUGUCUUAGGCCUACUCGUACUACAUUGUAGUUGAAGAGAUACUGCAUUCUCAACUCACAUUAUUAUCAACUACACUUGCUACAGUAUCCGACGCUGGCUCGUAUUGCAAGCGAUUAUUUACCGACUGUUGGGAAUGGAAUCUGUGGUCAAAUAAUAGAUAAAGGAUUUUGCUGUACAGUGUCA